UAUAUAUAUUUUUGAACAAUUAAAUUAUAUUAACACUUUGUUGCCAUCCAUGUCAAUUUAUUGGCGUGCCAUAAUUAACUUAUUUUAGACUUAGUGGUAUCGGAGUCAUCCUGCUUCCUGUAUCCUCUUUGCCACAAACCGACAGAUUGUACACAAUCAUCAUGGCGACGCAGGAUGGAGAUGACGGAGCCGUAAUGGACACUGAGACUGAGGCAAAGCCAACAGAAGCCGAGGCAUUUGGUGAAACUGUGGAAAAGGCCGACGCGGAAUCUACAUCUCUCACAGAUGCAGGAAAUGCCACAACUCAGGACUCUAGUAUUAGCAAUGGCGACGACGCAGACGACAAGCAGGAGACGGUGGACUUGAAGAUUAUCUGGAGCAAGAACAAAUACGACCUGAAAAUUCCUGUCGACAGUACCGGAGCCAAGCUAAAAGAGAGGAUCCAUGCGCUCACUGGUCUUCCACCAGCAAUGCAAAAAGUGAUGUACAAAGGACUGCUUUCAGAGGACAAGACGCUACGUGACAUAAAGGUUACAAACGGGGCAAAAAUAAUGGUGGUCGGAUCUACAAUAAAUGAUGUAUUAGCUGUUAACACACCGAAAGAGGUUGUUCAGCAGGAAGUUAAAGCCGAGGAAAACAAGAAAGAGCCCUUAUGCAGGCAAAAGCAACACAGGAAAGUACUGGACAAAGGUAAACCAGAAGAUAUAAUGCCAGCUAUCAAAGGAGCAAAGGAACGAUUACCAACGGUGCCUUUAUCCGGAAUGUUUAACAAAUCCGGAGGAAAAGUAAGACUCACAUUCAAACUGGAGCAAGAUCAGCUGUGGAUCGGAACAAAAGAGAGAACAGAGAAAGUUCCAAUGGGCUCUAUUAAAAAUGUAGUGUCCGAACCCAUCGAAGGCCAUGACGACUAUCACAUGAUGGCUUUUCAGUUGGGUCCAACGGAAGCCUCUCAGUAUUGGGUCUACUGGGUGCCUGCACAGUUUGUCGAUGCAAUCAAAGACACAGUCCUUGGAAAAUGGCAGUAUUUCUAAUGUGCCUCUUUUUUUGACAAUGAUGAACUGGGAUGGAGAGGAGGAGCCAAUAAAAAAUAUAUAAAAAAAAAACAAA